GCAGAGGAUCACAGGGAGAGCCGAGCAGCUGUCUGAUCAGCAUGUCCUCCAUGGUGGAUAUCCAAACCUUGUACAAGAACCUGCGCAACCUCAGUCUCUCAGAAGAGUUUGAACCUCCCAUAGAGAGGAGCUUUCAGAGCCCCCAGCGGAGACAUUCCUUUGCCCCUGACUUCCAUGAAGAGCCAUGUUGGACAGCACGUGAUUCAUUGUCCCUAGAAACAUCUCGAACACCCUUCAGACCCGACCGAUCCAUCAGCCUGAUUGAAGGGUCACGUUCUGCUCUUCCUCCUCCUCCUGGGUUCCCUCCAUUGAAGACUGCGCUGCCUCCGCUUCCUGCUCCCUCCUCUCGCUAUAAAACUGAGCUAUGCCGCACCUUCUCGGAAACGGGCACCUGCAAAUAUGGCUCCAAGUGCCAGUUUGCCCAUGGCUCCAUGGAACUGCGAGAGCCGAACCGUCAUCCUAAAUACAAGACGGAGUUGUGCCACAAAUUCUAUCUGUAUGGAGAGUGUCCGUAUGGUUCCCGCUGCAACUUCAUUCAUCAUCCCUCUGAACAUGGAGCACCUCAGCAGGUCCUGCGUCAGAGUUUCAGCUACAGUGGGGUCCCAGCUAGGAGGCGCUCGCCGACACCUCCAGGAUUCCCGGAUCCAGCCUCUUUCUCAAGGGCGCCCUCUGUGUCCCCCCCUCCUUCCGAGCUGUUCUUCUCCCCGGCUCCACCAGAGACCAGAAGCCACGUCUCCUCUCUGAAAUCAUCAGAUUCCUGCUCCCGUUGUUGUUCGUGUCGCUGUUCCCGAGCUGGGAAUGUUACCCAGGAUCCCUUUUCUGACUAUAUGCUCCUUCGCUCGCCCUCCUCCACCUCGCUGCCGGAAACAGAAUGCUACAGUAGUGGGUCCGAGUCUCCGGUGUUUGAGAUCUCAGGCCAACUGCCACCUCCAUCCAACAAAAGAUUGCCCAUAUUCAACCGGCUAUCGGUGUCUGAUUGACGAGACCGUAUACCGUGCCACGCGAUGCAGAACUCCAUGCACGGCUCCUGCCAAACCUUUGGAGCCUUGUGCAUCCUCUGUGCCUGUAACUAGAGCGGCUGG